AAGGAAAACACAUAGUUGACCUAGUGUCUCUCCACCAUUUGAUAAGUUUGGGUAGGAUACACAGAAAGCCCUAAUAAAAUGCCUGGUGACGCAAUAUAGUUUCUAUUGUCCUCAGUGGGAGGCGGAUUUCUUUGUGGCUAUGCAAUCACGACUUUACGAUAUUGCGGAAACUCAACUUACAACCAGUUUCACUUUACCUCACUGGACAAGACUGACUGAAGAAAGACGUGUGUAGAUUGCUGACCUGUUCACGGGCUUGGAUUUUAACUACCUAUGUCACCUAUCGAUCUUUAAAUGUAAUCAAAACAAUAACACGAAACGAAGCAGAUUAGAAUAAUAAUCCUUCCUCGAGAAACCUCAGAUCCAUUAGUUUUCUUGCCCCGCAGAGAGCAACAUGUGGACUUUCCUGGGAGUAUUAAUGGUGUUAACUGUUUCAGGUGAUGAAGUGAUCGAAGGCGUCUUAGAAGACAGCGUCCUUCUGCCAUGCAACUGCUCAGAUAUAAAUUUGAACGAGGAGUUUAAGUGGCAGAUGGAAAACCCGCUGGUUCUGGUGCUCAAAUACCACAGUAACACUGCAAACUUCAGUGGCAGAUACAAGGGCAGGGCCAAAACAUUUCUGAAUAAGACCAACAAUAACUGCUCUGUUCUCCUAACCAACAUCACAGCGGCUGACCAGGGGAAAUACUCGUGCCGUUUUCACCGUGAAAACCAAUACCAGUUUUUAUAUGUAAAUCUUAACGUUUCUGCGAGCUACAGUGUUUGUCAGCGCGCUCCCAACAACAUCAGUGGCGAUUUAAGCGUGAAGGAUUUCCAGUGUGAUGUAAGUGGACGCUAUGGAGACGCUGAGAUUCAGUGGAAAUUGGAUGGACAGCUUCUUACAAAUUCAUCCACAACAAACAUAACCAACAAAUACACCCGAAAUGCUCCUGCUGGCCUCUACCAUUUCCACAGCAAACUCAUCACUAAACUCAACAUGACCUCAGCCCCUACAUGUGAGGUCAAGGCCAAAGGCAUAUCAACUGUCAUCAGCUAUGAGUGCGGGGCAGUGAAUGAACCAGUUAGAAAUCCAAAACCAGAAUAUGUCGUGAGAUACAUAAAAGCCAUUCCCAUUAUGUUGGUGCUCGGAUUGUCCCUGGUCUUGUGGCGCCGUUGUAAAUUCUCACAGAGUUUACAGAGGAUACAAGAGGUGGAGGCAGUGGAAAGUGGUUAGUCAUUAAUGAGGACUCAUGCCAACACAGAGACUGUUUACGGGCAGGUUACAUCCUGUGUUCACGCCACUCCUGGAAUGUUGUGUUUCUGAAAAGGACGUCCAUUUUGUGAGCUUUUUAUGGAUGUUUGCAGGCAAAUGUUUAUAUUAUUUCCAUCCAAUUCCACUGCAAAAAGAGAUUGCCCUCUACGAUAUGAAGAUGAAGUGACACAUUUAAAUGUAAUCAGUUACACCUCAGUAACGAAACAAAGCAUAAAAAAUAUAUAAAUCAUCACACAACAAAAAUAGAUUAUUGGAUGUGUGCACUAUUUUAUAUUCUGUAGCAGGUAACAGUGAUGCUAUACAUAUUACAAUCCAGCCAGAAUAAUUGCAUCCUUUGGAAAAUUGUCUUGUUGACAAAUGAAAAUGUCAACAAAACAAUUUUCUGAAUGCACAAUAAUGUUAAACCGAUUCAGACAUAUACUUAAUGUAGUUAAUAUGUCACCAGCCUGAGCAAAAUCACAGUGCACUACACUUUUCAAUCUUCACAUUCUAAACAUCCUGCAUUACAGAAAAACUGCAUAAAACUGAGCCUUUUAAUGAUGUAAUGUCCAUUGGUGGUUAAGUAUAUAUACUGUGAGUGCUAUAAUUUAAAUGUGAGAAAGAAAGUUAUUAAUACGGAGACAUUGUAACACUUGGCAACAAUUGUGAAAAAUAUGGUUGCUAUGAAACUAUUUUAUAAGCUGUUAUCAUUAACCCUUUAUUAACAUACAGGUAAUAUUUUUAUAGCACAAUACCAGUACUAUGCAUUGUUCAUUUCCAUUUAAAUAAAAUACAUUUAUGGAAGGUGUAUAAAAUAUAUGUGUUUAAGGUUGACUAUCUACUGUGAUUUUCUUGUAAAGGUCCUUGGACCUUCUUUUCUUACAUUAGGGUGUGACAUGUGUAAAAUGUAACCUGUUUUUCUGUAACUGCUUUCGUGGUAUAGCUGGUUACGCUGGAUGAUGUUGUUUUGCCAGUGUUGUUUCAUUUUUCAAGGUUUGGAGGGGAACCCCUGUGACAGUUUUGUGACAUUCAAGAGUUAUAACAUCAAAAAGUAAUGCCUGCGGAUGAUCCCUACCUGGACAACCAAACAACCAGUGACUUUAAAAAAAAAAAAAAUAUAUAUAUAUUUUCCAGUCUGAAAAGGUGUUGUUGAACUUUGGGAACUGGGGAACAUACCUUGCUUCUGUAGCUGCAAACAGGAGAGCACAACAAAUCUUAAGCAAGCUGGAAGAGAGGAAAUGUGUGACAGUGUGAAUGUGUGGACUUUUUCAAGGCCAACAAAGGGCUAAAAUGAAACCUACCCUGAAAAUGUUUUGCUGAGGGAAGAAAAACUGAGCAGCCCUUUAACCCACAUACUCCAUUUUAGCCUUGAGUCUUUUGGCACCAUUGUCUUUUGUUUUUGUCUUGCUAAUUUCUUAUGUUAUUUUGUAACCUGUCUUUAGUGUCACUUGUGCUGUCUCUUUGUAAAUUGCUUUGAUGUGUGCUGAACAACAAGACACUAUAAAAGCACGCCAUAAUCUUGGCCACAGGGUACUAGUAUUAUUAACUGGAUUUUCAUCAUGUUGAGACAUUGGUUAAUGGAGCUAAGCAGAAGGAAACGUGGCAACAUUCAGCAAUGUGUAUACAGUAUGUGUGUGAGGGAGAGAUGACUGGAGCAAUUAAACUCAAUCAAAAUACA